GUGAUCGAUCUAAUGGUUGUUGAUGAAGAUGUGGCAAAACCAUCUCUCAUCUCUGAGGAUGAAAAAAUCAUCGAAACAGCUAAAUCAAUAGUUUUCAGAAUUAAUGAUGAUGUAUUAAGGAUUAUCUUUAAACAUGUUAUUUAA